AUGGUUAUUACGCCACGUAUAUUUUUAUUAGCCACUUUUAUUGGCUUUUCAUUAUUAUUUCUUUCAUUGUAUCUUUAUUCCAAUGGUUAUUUUAAACCUGCACGAUUAUCUGAAGUUCAAAUAACAUUAUCUAAUGCAACAAAAGUCUUAAUUAAUAAUAACAAUGAUCCAAUGCAUGAUAAAAUCAAAGGAAAAAAUCAAAAUAGUGCAAAUCUUGGUUUUACUCAUGCAUUUAUUGCAUCAAUAUCUGUUAUUGUUGUUUCAGAAUUAGGCGAUAAAACAUUUUUUAUUGCUGCUAUUUUAGCAAUGCGUCAUUCACGCUUAAUUAUAUAUAUUGGUGCAAUGAGUGCUCUUGGUGCCAUGACAAUUCUAUCAGCAUUGUUAGGAAAUGUUGUUACAACUUUUAUUCCACGUAUUUAUACGUAUUACAUAUCAAGUAUAUUAUUUGCUGGCUUUGGAGUUAAAAUGUUAAAAGAUGGAUAUUUUAUGUCACCUGAUGAAGGUACAGAAGAAUAUGAAGAAGUUCAACAAGAAGUAGAAAAAGCUGAAGCUACUAAUGAUCUCGAAUCAGGUGAUGGUGGAACAAUAGAUAACUCAUCAAAAGGAAAUCAACAACAACAACAAAUAGCACCAAAAAGUACUAUAAUGAAUACUAUAUUGAUUAUUCGUCGUUAUGUAUCGCCCAUAUAUAUUCAAUCAUUUAUUAUGACUUUUCUUGCUGAAUGGGGAGAUCGAUCUCAAAUAACUACAAUUGUAUUAGCUGCUAGUGAAAAUCUUUUAGGUGUUAUUGUUGGUGGUACAAUUGGCCAUGGUUUAUGUACUGGAUUAGCAGUUCUUGGUGGUCGUUUUAUAGCUCAACGGAUAUCACCGAAGACAGUUACAUUGACUGGUGCUGUUGUAUUUUUAGUUUUUGCUUUGUCAGCAUUUUUUAUCCAUCCUGAUAAAUAA